CCUCAAGGGCCCUGGCAACACUGGUAGCCACAAUCUAAAAUUGAAUUUGAUUGAAUUUAACCUAACAAAGUACAACAUAUUUUAUAGUAAUCAUUUUAAAACUAAGAAUCGGUAUACGCUACAAUUAUUGCUUGGAUUUUUAUUUUACAUGAAUAAUUCAAUAGACCAAAAAAACAUGUCCAACAAAGUAGACAUUGGAAUAUUAGAAGAAAAAUCAAAUUGGCUGUUGCAUCCAAGAUUUUUUCCGAGUAAAAUUGGAGGUAAACCAGCGUGGUUGAAUUUAAAAGAUUUACCGAAACCAGAAGAAGUCAGUUGUAAGAAAUGCCAAGAACCUUUGGUGUUUUUGUGUCAGGUUUAUGCACCAUAUGAAGAAUCUGAUGACUGUUUUCACCGAACAUUAUUUGUAUUUGUGUGUAGAAAUGGUGGAUGUUGUGGAACCAAUACGGCAGAUAAUUUUUUAGUAAUGCGUUGCCAAUUACCACGAAAAAAUGAUUUUUAUUCAUAUGAGCCAUAUGAAGAAUGUGAAAAUGAGAAAUUUGCAAUGGAUAAAUGGACCAAACUAUGUGAAAUUUGUGGCAUAAAAGCACCAUCACAUUGUUCAAAGUGUAAACAAACUUAUUAUUGCAGUCGAAAACAUCAAAUUCUUGAUUGGCAAAAAGGCCACAAAGAAAACUGUCCAAAGGUAUCCCGAUCUAGUAUUUGCAGUGACAAUUACUUCAAAGUAACCGAGGCUGCAAAAUCUCUUCUGUUCAGAGAAUGGGAGCUGAUCGUGGACGAGGAAGAUGAGGGAGAUGACAAAAAUGUAGAUGUUAAUGUAGAAAUGGAUAAGCUAAGAAAGCUGAUGCAGGAAAAACGGGCUGGUACACUCAGUGACAUAAGUGAUAAUGAAUUGGAACAGUAUACACAAACACUGCCAGAAGAUAAAGUGUUUAACAAGUUCAGUAAAAGAGUUGCACGCCACCCAGAUCAAGUGUUGAGAUAUGAAAGAGGAGGUUGUCCAUUGUGGAUCACAAGCAAUGAGGGAAGUGUCAUCCAUGUUCCAAAAUGUCAAUAUUGCAAUGAAGAUAGACAAUUUGAAUUUCAAAUUAUGCCACAGCUCUUAAACUUCAUUGAUGUGGGUAUAGAUUUUAACAGCAUUGAUUGGGGUGUGUUGGCUGUAUACACAUGCAGGGCAAGCUGUAAUGAGGGUCCGGCUUAUAAACAAGAAUUUAUGAUUAAGCAAGAUUUGUUAAAAUAAAAUGUUAUUUGUUAAAAUA